AUGGGCGGAGUCACUAAAGUGUGGUUAUUUAGUACCACAGAAGUUUCAUGGCACACAAAACUGAUGACUUUACAAACUUUCGAAGUUGCUUUUGAGAGAGUUUUCAGUCUUCAUGAUCUUGGUGUUGUUAAAAUGAAUAGAGAGAGGCCUCUUAACUUAAAUCAAAUUAAUGAUGAUAUAGAAAAGCUGAAAUGUAAACUUAAUAGAGAUACAACUCACUUCUAUCAACAUUUGUAUUCUAGCAUUGAUAAGAUAUCUGUUAAAGAAUUAUCUUGGAAAGAUCCCUUAGCUGUCCAGUUAUUAGUGAUAAUUCAGAUAUUGCGAAGAAAUUACCCAAAGGCUUAA